CUCAAUAAACAACUUGAAGCAAAAAUGGAAACACAAAACCAAGAAAAGGUGACAGCAGUGAACCAAAUGAAAUCCCGUUUAGGAAAUAUCGGAAAUGCGAUAACCGGCGUCGGAGCAGAAGCCCGAAGACUGGCAAAGGAAGAUCCGAGAAGGAUCGUCCACGCAUUCAAAGUGGGUCUAGCCUUAGCCUUGGUUUCUCUUCUCUAUUAUUUCGACUUCUUCUACGAUGGUUUCGGCGUUAACGCAAUGUGGGCCGUCAUGACCGUCGUCGUCGUCUUCGAAUUCUCCGUCGGAGCAACGCUGGGAAAAGGGGUGAACAGAGCGAUUGCGACGCUGCUCGGCGGAGCAUUGGGUUUUGCGGCGCACGAUGCAGCCAGUUAUACCGGCGAUAAAGUGCAAGUCAUCUUGCUCGGUUUGUCUGUUUUUGUCAUAGCUGUUGUGACUACAUUUUGUCGAUUUUUCCCGAAGAUAAGGGCGAGAUAUGAUUACGGGCUACUGAUAUUCAUCCUCACAUUCAGUCUGAUAUCGGUGUCGGGCUAUCGAAACGACGAGGUUUGGGACAUGGCCUAUGGGCGGCUGACGACCAUCUUGGUGGGCGGCAGCGCCACCGUUUUGGUCUGCUCAUUAGUAUGCCCCGUUUGGGCUGGUGAAGAUCUUCACAGACUCACCGCCUCCAACAUUCAACAACUCGGAACUUUCUUGGAAGUUUUUGGACGAGUCUACUUCCAAGAAGAAGCGAAAGACGACAAAAACCAGGCGUUGCUCAAUGAUUACAAAUCUGUUCUCAACUCUAAAGGCGUCGAGGACUCAUUGGUAAAUUUUGCGAAAUGGGAGCCGAGACACGGUAAAUUCAGGUACCGUCACCCAUGGCACCAAUAUGUUCAAAUUGGCUCUCUCACUAGACAAUGUGCAUACAAGAUUGAUGCACUAAAUUCUUAUCUCAACUCAGAUGUGCAGACGCCAUUAGAGCAUCGGGAAAAGAUUAAAGAAGCUUGCAAGAAGAUAAUCUUAGAGAGCAGCUCUGCGCUGAGAGAGCUAGCAAUGGGGAUUCAGACAAUGACAUGCUCCCCAUCACGUGAUAUCCACGUUGUGAAUGCGAAAUCUGCUGCUGCGAAGCUCAAGGCCUUGAUGAAAACCGGGCUCUGGCCCGAUGCCGACUUUCUCGACAUAGUUCCUGCAGUUGCGGUGGCUUCGCUGCUGAUCGAAGUAGUGGGGUGUACGAUGAAGAUCGACGAGGCCGUUGCCAAACUCGCCUCGUCGGCCAGAUUCAAGAAGGUUGACCGCGAGGUCAAGAGAGAGAUAAGCUUCGACAAAAUGCAGAGAACUCCUAGCAUUGAAGGAUCCCAUAUUAAUAUUGUAGUUGAGUGAGGAGUGUUUAUGAUUUACUAGAUUUUAGCAAAUAAAUAUACAAUCCUUUUGUGUUGUAUAGUACUUACUGGAACUUCUAGUCCUAGUACUAAAGAAUUUUGGACGUUUUGAGGAAGCAUUCUAUACAUUUUUAUCUAUUGAUUCUCA